CCGUCAUCCUCCGCUGAUAGCAUGGCCCCCCCAUCUCCAGUGUCCAGAUUGCACUUCUUUAAACCUAUCCAAUUUCCCAGUCUGUCCACGACCGCCAUUUUCGCAAUGCUCUUUCCAACAUACUGUAGUUUUCUGUCCCCAAGUGUUUCUGUUUCUUUUGGUCUUUUAGCGAAGAUAGUGCUUUACCAAGCUCUCUUCCUCGUGGAAAUUGGCGAAGUGUAAGUGACUAUGCUUUUGUCUGCUGCAUCGUGACCUAGUAAUGCAGCUAUUCUUUCUCCACGGGGGCUUGCGUAGCGACCUAACUAAAGACUGAGUAGAAAUGUCAUUUGCAAACUGGUGUGCCGUGACAAUGAUGGUCCAUCAGUGUCAAUAUACAACUGGUCAUAUGAGCAUAUGGUAUUCCCGAUUGUAGAAGUUUGGUUAAUUGUUCUCAAGUUUUUAUUAUGGCUUCUUCGGAUUUGCGACUGGUUCGCGACAACAGUCGCGACACCCAGCAGUACCUUCUGAACACCCAGUUUCUGUCCAACGGAUGCUCUGGUCGAGUGCGAUUGCAGGACUCAAUGUGUGACAAGCCUGGCCCUUCCAGCCCCUUGAUGUCUACAGCACUGCCGCUACUUGCCAACCACAUCUAUGGCACCAUCUCUUCCCCAGCUACGCUCUUGGAUUCACCGAUACAGACCGAGCUCUCCACAGAUCCUCCCACUGCCUUCAGUGAGCAGGAAGACGAUAUCCUGCGAGAGCUCGUCAAACGACAUGGAACGAAGAAAUGGCACAUUAUCUCAUCAAAAAUGCAGAAAAAGACACCUCGCGAGUGCAGAAAGAGAUGGCGCACAUAUCUUCACAUGUGCAUGAACAAAAGUAGCUGGAGUGCUGAGGAAGACCACCUACUCCUCCAGGGCCACAACGCAUUCGGGAACCGCUGGACAGAAAUCGCAAAAAUGGUUCCCGGGAGGACGGACAAUGCUGUGAAGAACCGCUAUAAUGCAUUAUGCACCAAGAGAUCUCACUCGACACUGAAAGCAGGCAACGGCUACAACGCGGCUUCGACUGGAAGAAUACACCACAUCGAAGAGGCAUGGAACGAGGCCAAUGCUUACUGGCAUGGACACGACUCAAAGCGCACCAAGCGUAGAAACCAAGACGACGACGAAGACGACGACGGACGAAGACGAAGGUUCUUCGGAGCCCAAGCUACAAACAUGGCAUGCUUGAAAUCCAACCACAUAAUAUCUGAGACUUCUUGCUCACCACUUGAUUUUACCAUUGACGAGAUGCCUCAAGCAAAUUUUGACCUCCAUCGCAUGAGAAUGUUGAGGAAGCAAGUGGGUGGUGGCAAUCAUGCUUCAGACAGUAGAAGUUUGCUAGAGGGCAUAUUGCCUGCCAGCGUGGAUGACUCCGCCACGUCACCCAGAGAUGGCCCCGUUGACAUGGACGAGGUGAUGGGGUGGUUGCUGACGUCAGCACAAACGCCGACACCCACCAUCGAUUGCAGCGCAGAUUCUGUUCAUCCAUCCGUCUCGUCUUGUGGUCGGAUGAAGUCCCCGUCUGCCAUCCUUCGGGUCGAUGCUGAGCUGGACGCUGAGCUGGAGCUCUCUGACAUCAAAGAACCCUAAAACCCUGUCCACCUGGCAAGCCAGCACUUCGAAGCCUCCGUUAUGAGAAGCUCUCCCCUGCCACGUCACAUGAUUUCCCUGUACAAUAAAGAAAGAACGAAAGAAGGUAAUCUGUAAUUGAUUAUCUCAAUUGCAAUGGAUAAAUUGAGCACUUUCAGUUUUACUUGAAAGAUUGGAAUAUGCGCUUAAUCAUCACAAUUUCUUGAAUUCUUUUUAUCUUUUUUUUGUUCUUCAUUUUUAGUUUUAAAGUAGCAACAUUGAGGAAACCCACUUGAAAGGCCCCAAGCACUCAAAAAGUGGUGGUAUAUUUCUUUAAAGAUCAAAUAGCAAAACCAUGUAUUUAAAAUAAAGUUAUCAUGUUCUUAUAAAUGGCUUGGCAUAAACUAUUCAAAUGAAGUGCUUGUACAGAA